CCAUCAGUGCGUAAACAUUCAGGAGAAAAAUCGAGACAUUCUGAUCAAAAUGGACCUCUAAACUGUCAUAUAAAUACAGAAACAUGGGGUGAAUCGUUCAGAGACAGCCCUCUGUUAUGAGCCGUUUUAUAAAUCGGUGUUUCAUAGAGGCGUCUGUUCACUUUCUCCUGCUUGUUAACAUUUAGAUUCAUUUUUAUAUUCAUAUUUUUUUUUGCCAUGGAUUACCUGCUACAGGUCAAAGUGGGAGCGCUGGUUGGGUUGCUGUUCUUAACGCUGAUUUUUGGGUUAAUCCCAGCGCGGAUGAAAUGGUUUCGUGACUCAAGUGGAACAGCAAUCCACAGGGCAGUGCUGAGUUUUGUGAGCUGUUUUGCGGGAGGUGUCUUCUUGUCUGCCUGUCUUUUAGACAUCAUCCCAGACUACCUGUCCGACAUACAAGAGGAACUACAAAUACAAGGCCUUGGUGAGGGCUUCCCUGUCGCCGAAUUCAUAAUGGCUUGUGGCUUCUUCACAGUCCUGAUCUUGGAAAAAAUAGUCCUCAGCUGCACAGAGGGAUACAGAAAUGAGGAAACAGCUCCUCUUUUAGCUCAUGAAGGCCACGGACAUGCUUAUGGACAUCGCUCGCUGAAUGACCUGGAGGGGAGUGGCCGCCACGUCCAUGUGGAUAUUCAUGCACACUCAUCCUUCCGUUCCUUCAUGCUCUUCCUGUCUCUGUCCCUCCACUCAGUGUUUGAGGGUUUGGCCAUUGGCUUGCAGACCACAGACACCAAGGUGCUAGAAAUCUGCAUUGCUAUAGUCGUCCACAAGAGCAUCAUUGUCUUCAGUCUGUCAGUUAAGCUGGUUCAGAGCGCAGUCAAGCCCAUAUGGGUGGGUCUGUACAUAACGGUCUUCGCUGUGAUGUCUCCACUCGGCAUUGGGAUCGGCAUCAUAGUGAUUGAGGCUGAGCUGAAAUCCGGUGCUUUAAUACAGGCAGUGCUGGAGGGGCUGGCGGCUGGAACAUUUAUCUACAUCACUUUUCUAGAAAUCCUACCUCAUGAACUGAACUCCCCUGAGAGGCCACUGCUCAAAGUUCUCUUCAUCCUGUGUGGAUUCUCUGUAAUGGCCAGCCUGAGUUUCUUGGGCUGAAAGACACUUUUAUUUUUGUAAAAGUACUAGGAGAACUGAUGCCUCAAGGAGAACUUUUAAAACCGCAUGUGAUUUCAAGACAAUGAGUGACUUUGUUUGCUUGCUUUAAAAAAAAAAAAAAAGAACUGAUAACCACACAAUUUUUUUUUCUCAAUUUUUAAAGGUUCCUUUUUAAUUCCCCUUAAACUGGAUACAUUUUAAUGAUGAUUUGUUUUGAAAAUCUGAAGUACUAAGUUUUCAUACCACUGUUGGGGUCAGCAUAGCACUAACCAUUCUAACAUGUUUGUAUUUGAUCAAACUCUUUCAUAUCAGUAUUCAUUCUCGCAUGAUUUGUUUAUUAACUGACACUUUUUUGGUUUUAUGUCUCUGUAUUUAAUCAGUGACUUAAAUUUGGUUUGCCAUAUUUCCUGUACAUUUUCAAGAUAGUACAUUUGCUGGGCAGCCAAAGGUUUGACUUAACGUGGAUUUUGGAAGUUUAGAAUCAUUUAUAAGAUUCCAAAAUGUGGAACGUGGUGGAAACCAAUAUUUUGUGUUCAUUAAAGAGCACAAAUUUAUAUUUUCAUAAUCAUAUUAUUGUAUGAUUAUUUAUUAUAUCAAACAUAUUUGCAGCAUCUUAAGAAUUUAACUUGCAAUACCAUAUUUAGCCUUUAGAUGCCAGACUGUUGCAGAUAAUGCACGCAAAGCUUUGACAAGCUGUUUGGAGAGAAAGAACAUUUAAAAGUGUUGUUCAAUGGGAGAUCUUUAUUUUGCAUAAUGUCAUGAAUCUGCUGGCCUGUAGCAUGCUGGAUAUCAUUUAUAGUAACUUUACCUCAAGAGAUCUGCUGUCUGGCCUUAGAGUUCCUCUGUAUUUGAAUUAAGAGGCAAUCUCCAAAGUAAACCAUAUGAAAAAGCAAGAUUUAUUUGAGAAGGAACCUUAAGUGGUUUUGUUGUAUUGCACAGUACAGUAUUCAGAUUUUACAAUAUUAGUUUACUAAGAAUAAUACAAAUGGGAUACUGUAGACAAAAGGUUUGAUAUUUCAUUGCCACUAAUGUUGUACUUCCUAAAAAGAAACUUUUGACUGUCCAUGUUCUUAAAAAUUGCAUGAACUUUUAUUAACAGCAGGAAAGUAAAAACUCUAAAGCAAAUAAAUGUCUUGUGAAUUACUUAAUAAUUAUUCAAUGGCAUUACUGUAAUCAACAAUGUAAUUGACCGUGUCACCACCAGAUGGACCAAUUUUGUCAUGAGUGAGUGAAAAUUCUGCUCCUGUACUGUAAUGAUAAUCAGGAAUUUCUGUUGUAAUUACUGUAAUUAAUUAACUUUUUCUUUUAUGUAGAAUCUAAUAAUUUAAUCCCAAAUUACACAGUAAACAGCUUGUGCUGUUUCAUGAAAACACAGCUAACUCACCAACAAAACCAUAGAACAAAAACAAGGAAAGCAAAAUCUUGUCCCUAAAGCCAACCUCGGACAGAUUGAUAACCUCAAUUGUA